GGCGGCCCCGGCCUUCUAUGACGUCCGAGGGAUUCCCCGCGGCCCGCUGUUCGGCGCCUCCUCCGGCUCCGCCCCCCAACCCGGCGGUGGUGGGAAGUGGCUUCGACGCCUACAUGGUUCCUUCCGGCUUGGCUUGUUCCCUCCCCUUGCCGGCUGCGGCUGUCUUCUGGACCGCCACGCGGGUGCCGGGCGAGGAGGGCAGAGGCUGCGGGGCUCCGACCGCCUUUCCGGGCGAGGGGGCCUCCUAGGAUGAAGUGCCAUUACGAAGUGCUGGGCGUGAAGCGCGACGCGGGCGAGGAAGAGCUGAAGCGAACCUACCGGAGGUUGGCACUGCGUUGGCACCCAGACAAGAACUUAGAAAAUGCUGAGGAGGCGGCGGAACAGUUCAAGUUGAUCCAAGCAGCGUAUGAUGUACUGAGUGAUCCUCAAGAAAGAGCUUGGUAUGACAAUCACAGAGAAGCUCUGUUGAAAGGUGGGGUUGAUGGAGAAUAUCAAGAUGACAGCUUGGAUAUCUUGCACUUCUUCACUGUGACCUGUUACUCUGGCUAUGGAGAUGAUGAAAAGGGUUUCUAUGCAGUGUAUCGUCACAUCUUUGAAAUGAUUGCCAAAGAAGAGAUGGAAUCCAUGCCCGAGGAAGACGCUGAAGAAUUCCCAAGUUUUGGAGACUCUUGGAGUGACUAUGGCACAGUAGUCCACUGCUUUUACGCUUACUGGCAGAGUUUUUGCACGCGGAAGAAUUUUGCCUGGAAGGAAGAGUACGACACGCGGCAGGCGUCGAACCGCUGGGAGAAGCGAGCGAUGGAGAAGGAGAACAAGAAGACCCGCGACAAAGCCAGGAAGGAAAGGAAUGAGCUGGUUCGUGAGCUUGUGGCCUUCAUCCGGAAGCGGGACAAGCGGGUCCAAGCCCACCGGAAGCUUCUGGAAGAGCAAAAUGCUGAGAAGGCCAAGAAAGUGGAGGAGCUCCGCAGGCAGCAGAAACUGAAGCAAGCCAAGUUGGCUGAGCAAUAUAAAGAGCAGAACUGGAUCACCAUGUCAGAUCUUGAGCGAGAACUGCAGCAAAUGGAAGCCCAGUAUGAAAAGGAGUUUGGUGAUGGGUCAGACAGUGAGGAGGAAGGAGAAUCUCAGGAGCUGAAAGAAGGAGAAGAAGACAAACAAACUGACGAGGCAGAUGAUGCUGAAUAUUAUGAUGAUUUGUACUGUGCUGCUUGUGACAAAUCCUUUAAGACCGAAAAAGCCAUGAAGAAUCAUGAAAAAUCCAAAAAGCAUCGAGAGAUGGUUGCUUUGUUACGGCAGCACCUGGAGGAAGAGGAGGAAGAAUUUUCUCUUGCUGCAGCUGAUGAGAACGGAUUAGAAGCUAAAGAAGAAGAGGAGGAAGAAAUACCCAUGCAGAAGCUUUCAAAGAAGCAGAGAAGGAAACAAAAACCCAUGAUGGCACAGGAAGUUCCCUUUGAUGACCAAAGCACAGGCGAUCGAGCUGAUGAGGCCAGUGGUGCCAACCAGGAUAAUAUGGCUGAAGAAUCAGAGAGUGCCAGCAAAAGCCCCAGCCCAGAAGAAGCAAGUACUGGGGGAAAUGGAGCUCCCGCCAAUGAACCAAAAACAGACAUGAAAGCCAAUGCAAAAGCAAAAGGGAAGAAAGCAAAAGAUACGAAGAAAGCAUCCGCUAGAAGUUCUUCAGAGCAUCAGAUCGUGAAUGAAGCUUCUCUCCAGUGCGUCACCUGCCAUUGUGAAUUUCAGUCGCGGAAUAAGCUCUUUGACCACUUGAAAGCAACAGGCCACGCCAAAGCCAUGCAGGUGCCAAGCACAAUUGGAGCUGUGAGCAGCCGAAGCAAAAAAGAAAAGCGUAAAAACAGAUAGGACUCCGUGAAGGAGAUGGCGGGAAAGCUGAUGGCCAGCUCAAUAUAACCCUCAGAGGGUACCUUAGUAGCACAGAGGGAGACAAGAUUUGUCCCAACGGGGGAUGAAAGAACUCUCUGGUUUUCCUCAGCAACAGGCACGGUGACAAAGGCUUUAUGCAUGGAUUGUGCCUCUUAUUCAUUUGGGGUUUUGACCACUGGCUGUGUUGUACCUGGCCCCUUCACUAGUUCUAAAACCCUUUCAUGAUCUGUCCCCAAAACCCAGGUACUCAUCAAGAGGGUCUUCCUCAUACCUAUACAGACUUGUAAAGACAAACAUGUACAGGAAUGAAGAAAUAAAUUAUUUUAGUGUA